CGGCCCCUGGUAAAUACCAAAUCAAUUUUGACAAAUGGACCAAGUGUGACGCUGUUGGCGACAGUGAUCUGAUUCCAAAUUUCCCUGUGUUGAAUUGGCAGUUAAAAACUUUUAGUGAGAUUCAAACAAUGAAUCGUUACAGUAAAGAUGUUAUCAUCGUAGAAAACCAACAAUUGGUCAUUUGCAAUGAACUGGGAGGGAAGCGAGUAUUCAUAGACAAGAUACAGCUUAUUCUUGGCCAGCUAGGCAACUACAAAAAAGUUCUCGUCAAGGGCAAGACCAUCCUCAGGUUAAAGGGUAUCAAGAUGUGGGGUUUUGAAACUCCGCUUCAAGCUGAUGUUUAUCAAGACACUGUCAUUGAGGUGUUAACUUCUUCAGAUGACUGCUUGCCUUUAGCAUUCAAGGAAUGGCUGGAGGAAAUUUUUGAUAGUGAUGAUGAGAACGACCAAGAGAAAGACCUGCUGAAAGAGGUAGGCCUGAAGGAGAAAGACUUGAAGGAGAGAGACUUGAAGGAGAAAGACUUGAAGGAGAAAAACUUGAAGCAGAAAGACUUGAAGCAGAAAGACCUCGAAGGGAAGAAAGAUCAGCUUUCAGAUGAAGAUAAUUAACUGGAGAAAGAGUUAAUAAAAUGUGUUUUGUAUAACUCAAGUCCGUGACACUAGAA